AUGGUUUCACUUAAUCCCAUCAGAAUAUUGAAGAAUGAAGCAGAAGAAGAAAAGGGUGAGGUAGCUCGGAUGUCCAGCUUUAUUGGUGCCAUUGCUAUUGGUGAUUUAGUCAAAAGCACUCUUGGCCCCAAAGGAAUGGACAAAAUCUUAGUUUCUUAUGGUAGAAACGCUGGCCAGAUAGAGGUUACAAAUGAUGGUGCUACUAUUCUUAAAUCAGUGGGUGUAGACAACCCUGCAGCAAAAAUUCUGGUUGAUAUGUCAAAAGUACAAGAUGAUGAAGUUGGAGAUGGAACAACAUCAGUUACUGUGCUUGCUGCUGAACUUCUUCGAGAAGCAGAAAAGCUUGUUGAACAGAAAUUGCAUCCGCAAACAAUAAUAGCAGGUUGGCGCAUAGCUGUUGAAGCUGCCAAACUAGCCCUUUCAGAUGCUAGCUUUGAUCAUGCAAAGAACUUAAAUGAUGCAGCAUUACGAGCUGACUUGGAGAAUAUUGCCCGUACUACACUGAGUUCCAAGAUCCUUUCAAAUCACAAAGAGCAUUUCACAAAAUUAGCAGUUGAUGCAGUAUUAAGGCUUAAAGGUUCUGGCAACUUGAAAGCAAUUCAAAUUAUCAAGAUCUCUGGGGGUGUUCUCGAAGAAUCCUUCCUGGAUGAGGGAUUUCUAUUGAAUAAGAAGGUUGGAGUACAUCAGCCAAAACGCAUUGAGAAUGCAAAUAUAUUAAUUGCAAACACACCUAUGGACACCGAUAAAAUCAAAGUUUUCGGUUCAACGAUCAAAGUGGAUUCUAUGGCGAAAAUCGCUGAACUGGAAGUCGCUGAGAAGGAGAAAAUGAAGGACAAAGUCAACAAGAUUCUGGCUCACAAGUGCAAUGUCUUUAUUAACAGGCAGUUAAUCUACAAUUACCCAGAGCAGUUGUUCGCUGAUGCAGGUGUCAUGGCCAUUGAGCAUGCUGAUUUCGAUGGAAUUGAAAGAUUGGCACUUGUCACCGGUGGUGAAAUUGUCUCCACCUUCGAUUCUCCUGAAAAAGUCAAGUUGGGACACUGCAAAGUCAUUGAACAGGUUCUAAUCGGUGAUGAAUGCCUGAUUCGUUUCUCGGGAGUCGAACUGGGAUCGGCUUGUACUAUCGUCAUCCGUGGAGCCACUCAACAGGUCAUUGACGAAGCUGAACGGUCCCUUCACGAUGCUUUGUGUGUACUUGCAGCUACUGUUAAGGAGCCUAAAGUUAUAUACGGAGGAGGUGCAAGCGAAAUGUUGAUGGCCGAAGCUGUGUCCCGUGCCGCGACCCGUAUCGCUGGAAAGGAGGCUGCCGCAGCUGAAGCGUUUGCGAUCGCUUUGCGGCGUCUGCCGCAAGCUGUGGCUGACAAUGCCGGUUAUGACAGUGCUGAGCUGAUUGCACGGCUCAGAGCGAAACAUGCACAGGGGGAGAAAACUAUGGGAUUAGAUAUGGAUAAAGGUAUAGUUGGUGAUAUGAAGACUUUAGGUAUAACAGAAUCGUAUGUAGUCAAACGCCAAGUGCUGCUCUCGGCCGCCGAAGCAGCUGAGAUGAUUCUUCGUGUUGACAACAUUCUGAAGGCUGCCCCGCGCCGCCGUGGACCGGACCGCCGUCCAUGCUAA